AAUUGGACAUGCGCACUAGGUAACAAAACGAGAAAAAUUUUGCUUCCUCCGUGGGACAUUAUGAGCAUGUUUUCCUCCCAAACCUCGUCGUUCCAAGAUUCAAUCGACGUGGAGGAGAGAGAUGACUUUGACAGCGAAGAAAUCGCUGCUUACAGCCAGAAAAUUCAUCUGAACUGCUACUACACCAUCUAUCUUUAUCAAGGCACAAGAUCUGAGUCCUCUGGGGAAAAUGGGGCAUGGAGCCGGAGACGUGCAGACUCCACAACCAGUCAGGAUGACUUUAGCUUGACACUAAUCGACAGCAGCCUGCCAUCGGAAGCAGAACCGGAGCUGCGGACCUACAUUUCCAGGAGGCUGAGCAAAGGAGCCUUGCUUGGAGGCAUGGGCAACAUCGCCGCCGUGGACCUCAGUAUUCCAGAGCAGGCAGUCGGCUGCUACUGCUGUCUCCUGGAGCAGGAACGGUCUCCUGAACAACCCGAGGCUGAUGGAAAUGGAUAUGUCAUCUGCUUCAUGGGGGGGUCUGAAAAAGGACUGAAUUUAUUUCGAUUAGAGCUUGAUAAAUACGUCCAAGGCCUGCACGGCAGCCUCCAAACACCAGAGCUGCAGAACCUGGAGACAGAAGUGCGUCCCUAUCUGAGCCAGUGGUUCGAGGAGUCCGUGAUGCACAUUCAUCGAGUGGUGCAGCUGGUUCAGAGCAGCAUCAGCUUCUUGCUGCACGCGGCUCUGAGCCACAAACACGUGGAAGUCAUCAAUUCAGACGAGAGGACGAAGGCUGACGUGUCCAGGUUCAUUAAAGCAGCCAGUCUACAGGGUCUGUCCCAGCAGGACGCCACGUCGACCUCUCUGUGCAAAGCCAUCUCGGAGGACACGCAGUCUGACCUGAUCAUUGACUGCUCCACCAGCCCACCCACACUCACAAACACCAUCAGUAACAGAUUCUGCGAUGGCUGGAUUCAGGCGUUCCUCAACGCUGCAGAGCGUUGCAACCCCUUCCUGCUCCGACAGAUUCUGGAGAACUUCAAACUUAAGGCCAUCCAGGACAUGAACGGCCUGAAGCGCUUCGUGCGGCAGGCUGAGAUGAGCCACUACGCCCUGUUUCGCUGCGCCCAGUUCCUGCAGAGCUGCGGGAACGGCGACGUGUUGCUGCAGAACGCCCGAGCGGAGCACAGCGACCUGCCUGAGGCCUGCAGCAUCAUCGGCGUCCUGGAGGAGUUCCUCAGCGAACAAAGUCAGGCCUGACCGACUCACACUCAUCCAAACCAACACUACGAACCUUCUAAAGCUCCAGAUUGUCAGAUUUUAAAAAGUGCAAUGGAUCAGUUUAGAAAAUGAACUGUUUGAGGAGCAUGCAAUAAAUAAAGUUAUAAACCGUAAUUAAUACACGAUAAAGUGAUGAUGUAUCUGAUCUGUGGCACGACUUUACUAACGUGUCUUUGUGUUUGUAAUCAUUUGUUGUUUACUACGCUGACAACAGGAGCAGGCAUGUUUGGUUAACGAGUCAUAGAAAUGAAAGAAAUUUGUACAAUUAAUUUUAGUUUUGUGGUUUAAAUUGUAUAUAAAGAUGUAACAAACCAAAUAUUUAUAGUCGGACCAGAACAAAGAAAUUACACUAAUUAGAGCUCCUACUAAUUGGAGCUAUUGUUUAUUUAUGCACACGCUUUAAUAUUUAUUUAAUUGGUUUUCUUUAGAGAAUGCACAAAUCACUUUUAUGCAUUGCUAGUUCUGAUUUAGAUUUCAGCCCCGAGUCUGCACUAAUAUUUUACUUUUCUGUUGUAACUAUGUUCGAGUUGUUUUUGUUUAAUCCCACUGUGGCGAUGUGGUGUUGUCGAUUAUGCUGGAUUAUUAAAACGAGAGUCAUUUUCAGAAGUUUGUGACAUUGUAGUAUACUGUAUACUGUAUGUAGUCUAUCAUAGUGGGGAAAAUAAGAUUGUUUUUUCUUCUAAAUGUUGAAUGAAGUAGUAAAUACAGAGUAAAUAUUAGACCAAGUUUAAAUUUCCUCUUCGAAAUGUUUAGUCUUUUUAUUCCAUAAACCUUUUUGUAAUCCGAUUACAUUAAAUCAAGUCUAAAGUAUGUGAGCAGUAUAAAUAUUUUAAGCGAUG